AUGCGUUUGUUUUAGUUUUACAAACAGUCUUAUUUUGCUUAUUAAAUCCAUCUGAAGAAAAUAAAGUUAUCUACGUGCGUAUUACGUGUACGUACACGAAGAGUUUUUAGGUUGAAAUUUGUACCGGCCUGCAUAAAAAAGGAAUCGGUCCAGUCUUAGCGGAGUGUGUGUCUUUUUCGAAAAUAUGAAAAACGGGGUCAAUGGUUCCGGGCACAAUCGCAACAGUAAUAAUUCUUCAGCCAGUACAUGCCAGGCAAAGUGUCAUCUUUUAACGAUGUCUGGCCCCAUAAAAUUCGAGCAGUAGCAGCAGUUGCAUCUCCGUUCAAAGUUUCGCGCUGUAUCGGGUGAGAAUUGCUAGUAAACCGUUGAUGGCUCAGAUGCUCCCAGCAAUAGACAAAAUUUGGCGCCGUAAAUUGGCCCCGGGCGGAAAAUGACUCCCCUCAAGUACAGUAAAACAUGGCCAUCGAUCCUAACGAAGAUGGCCGUCGUUCAGCUGCGCGUCGAUUCCCGGGGUAGAACGUACAGCUCGAUCGUGGAACCGGCCUGCCUGACGGGCCCGACCAAUCUGGUCGAAUCGAAUCCAAACUUUUGCGUGAUGGGCGCCGGAUAUCCGCAAAUUCUGGUGCAAACCCCGGGCGGUGGCAACGGAACCUGUGAACUGCCGCCGCCCCUGCCGGAUGUGGCCAACGUGGGGGACAACUCGGUAGUGCAAGUCGUGGGUCAUCAUUGUCAGUGUGGUGGUAGAGGAGGAGGUGGAGGAGCAGGGAGUGGCGGGGGAAGUUGUGAUGGUGGGGCCAGUGUUGAUCGUUUCCGAAGGCACCGCUUCCGAUCGGAGUCGAUCAAGAUCGACAACUGGGAUUACAUCUACACCGAGAAGAUGCCACUGAAGGCGGUUGGCAGUGGAGUGGGGAGUGCACCGCCAGACCAUCACCACCACCCAGCGUGCGGGGACCACCGGUGCAUCUCCGGCCAGGCCGCCCUCAAAGCGUCCACCCUGCGGCGUCAUUACUACCCCGAGGGGGACUGGGGCUGGGUCAUCGUGCUCGUCGGCAUGCUCAAUAUGAUCCUGAACCACGGAGUGCAAAUUUCGGGUCCACUUUACCUGCUGCCGGCCGGGGAGCGUUUCCGGCAGAGUGCCGUCAACAGUGCAGGUGAGUGAGGGUGAGGAAGUGACCCAAUUUCCGAAAUUUUAGGAACCGAGAGGGGACAAAAUUGGGCCAAUAAGUUGGGGAGAGUGAUGUGUAAUGCAUUGAUUUGCAAACCCCUGAAAGUAGGCUUUGAGCUUCGACGAGGACCACUUGAUUAUAUUUCCGUAAGAUUCUAAAGCCGUUGCCGGGAAAUAUCAUGGUAAUAAUUCAACAGAAUUGAUAAAGUUUCUGAGUUCAUGUGUUUAUUUUUAAGGGAUUAUGGUGGAGUUUUGAUAAAACGCUAAUUUUUGAUUGCACAUCGAGAAAAUUUCUAGAGCUGAA